AUAACUUUCAUUCAUUCAGCUUCAGUUCAUAUCAUGGACAGAUAACCAGAUCUACAUGAAGAACCAUGACACCAAGAAGCCUUUUUAAGGAAGGAGUUUAGAUUAAGGAAGAAAAAGCGUUUAGGUGACAUGGAAGUUGGACACCUGCAGCGGGAGGAGAUGUCCCUAAAUACUAUAAUAUUCCCUGUUGAGAACAAACCCAACCACGGGGUUCCAGAAGACAAGGAUAUGACUGAAGAGACAAGUUUUACGUUGUCUUCUGCUUUGGAAGAUGGGAUCUAUUCUUGGUUUGUUGAAAUUGACAGACCUGAAGCUGUCGCUAAAGAGUUGAUCGAGUCCAACCCAGUGGACAACUCUUUCCUACUUUCCAACAACUUUCACACUGGUGAGGCGGAGCAGACCGUGCACGUUGCUCCUAAAGACAGUAGCCCUUCAGAAUGGAAGUCCAACCCUAGUGGUCAACCACCGAGUCAACACACUGUUGUUAGUUACUAUCGACCGACGUCUAUCUUCAAACAAAGCAAGUCACGGAAACUCUUUGAUGGUGACAGGAAACGCUUCAAACACAAGAAGAUUCAACACAGGAAGCACGUGGCCAUCAGCAAGAAUAAGGUGGUCCACUUGACCCCACAGGCUAACAACUAUUUGAAGUGGCAGCCCAACCUGGGAGGUGGCCAUGAAGGGACUCUACAGAAUGAGCUGAUCUUCAAUGGACCGGCCCCGUCCGAAAGACCGAACGCGUACGACACAUGUGCAGUUGAAGAGGACAGAAAAAAGCUGCUCUGCCUUGGCUUUCCUAACCUGGAGCAAACAUGCUACAUUAAUUCUACUCUUCAAGGUCUCCUGACUCUCACACACUUUGUAGAACAGGUCCAAAACCAGCAGGAGGUUUGUUGUUACUGCCCCAACUCUGACAUCCUCAGUGGGCUGGUGAGGGUUGGGGAUUGUCGCUCCUCCAACAACAUCAUAGAGAAGACGUGUGUGCUGACCUCGUUCAAAAAGAUUAUUGCCGAGUUCAACCCCGAGUUUGAGGAUGACCUUCAGAAGGACGCUCACGAGUUCCUCAGCUGUGUGCUGAACACCAUCAGGUCUCUGACACUGGAGCUGAAGAUGGCUGCACACGUCAUGGGCCGGAGUUACUCCUGCCCGGUGGAAGCUAAUAUCGUCUUUAGAAUGUUGAACACCCGGAGGUGCACAGGUUGUGGUGUGACAUCAGCUAAAGAGGAAGAGUACAUCAACCUCUCCUUAGACCUGGUCCCUGGAGGCACGGUCAGUGACUGUCUGGAGGAGUACCUUAAGGAGACCCAGCUGGAGUACAAAUGUGAGUGUGGUGGUGGGAUGUCCAUGCAACAGUUUGUAUUCUCCACCCUUCCCAACGUCUUGAUCCUCCAGUUGAAGAGGUUCACCUUCACACCCACCUACACUCAGAUGAAGUUGAACCAUCCUGUGCUUCUCUUACGGGAUCUGGAGGUGAACCUCAACUCCAGUGCCGGUCAAAACCCAGAGGUCUGUUACUCAUUGGUCAGCAUCAUCAGCCAUUUAGGAAGCAGAACCCAGUAUGGCCAUUACAUCUGCGACGGCGUGCAGAGAGACAGUUCAGGCGGUUUGACAGACAACUGGCUGACCUACGACGACAGCUUAGUGUGGCAGAGCACAGGAACCUCAGUCUGUAAACAGCGGCAGAGAACGGCCUACCUGCUGUUCUACGAGGACCUGAAUGGAAGGAAGCUGUGAGAGAAACCACGGUGGGAGACGAGGGGCCGUGAGAAAAAUGUCUCCUAGAACAUCUAUCAAAAUCCUUCAUGACUGAAAAAUCAGUGUUCAUUUGAGGGUUUUCUUUGUAGUGAAAUUGAACUCUUCAAAAAGUGAUAGAAAUGUGCUUUAGUCAACCCAGGAGUGACUGAUGGAUGAGGACGGAUUAUUGGACCCAGAACAUGAGCAGAAACACACUGACCACCUUGAUCUUUAUCUUGUUUCCAAUGGAGAAAAAUGUAAAUAUUGUAAAAUAUUGUUUAAUUGUUUAAAUCGACACCUAGCCUCAUGUUUGUUUUGUUCAAUUGGUGUCGUCGCAGCACCAUCUUCUGUACAAUACUGGGAAUAUCAGAUUUGAUUUUUACACUACUGAGGCGCGGGAAUAUCCCAGCAACGACCCUACCAGAAGGUUUGGGGUUAAAGUCCAGUGAAUAUUCCAUAAAAACUGAACCACUGUGAGGUAUUUUAUGGAAACACAUACAAAAAUUGAAAAAGCAGCAUAUAGAAUAUGUAUAACAUGAAACGCUUUUUGAAAUAGUACUU